UUAGAAAGCAGUAACAUACGAUGAUGUACUGGUGAGCUUUAAUCGGGAAGAAUGGGCUUUGCUGGAUCCUUCCCAGAAGAGUCUCUACAAAGAUGUGAUGCUGGAAACCUGUAGGAACCUCACUGCCAUAGGCUAUAACUGGGAAGAUCACAAUAUUGAAGAAGAUUGUGAAAAUUCUGGAAGUUAUAGAAGGCAUCUUCAAAGAGAUGAACCAAUUAAUAUUGGAGAGAAACCCUAUGAAUGUAUUCAAUAUGAUGGAGCUUUUGUAAGAAAUAAACACCGUCAGAUACAUGAAAGCACGCAUACUGGAUCCUUUAUGUCUUCUACUGAUCUUCGAAUACAUAGAAAAACACAAACUGGAGAAAACGUCUAUGAUGAUAACCAAUGUGGUAAAGCCUUUGCAGGUGACAGCCAUCUUCAGAUCCAUAAAGGAAGACAUACUGGAAAGAAACCCCAUGAAUGUAACCAAUGUGGCAAAGCCUUUGCAUGUCACAGAUAUCUUCAAACACAUAAAAGAACACAUACUGGAGAGAAGCCCUAUGAAUGUAACCAAUGUGGCAAAGCCUUUGCAUGUCACACCUAUCUUCAAAUACAUAAAAGAACGCAUACUGGAGAGAAACCUUAUGAAUGUAAUGAAUGUGGCAAAACCUUUGCCCAGUGUGUUCAUCUUCAAAGGCAUAAAAGAACCCAUACUGGAGAGAAACCCUAUGAAUGUGACCAAUGUGGCAAAGCCUUUGCACGUAGUAAACAUCUUCAAAUACAUAAGGGAACACAUACUGGAGAGAAACCCUAUGUAUGUAAUCAAUGUGGUAAGGCCUUUGCAUGUCACAGCUAUCUUCGAUUCCAUAAAAGAAACCAUACUGGAGAGAAACCCUAUGAAUGUAACCAAUGUGGCAAAGGCUAUGCACGACUCAGUUACCUUCAAACACAUAAAAGAACACAUACUGGAGAGAAACCCUAUAAAUGUAACCAAUGUGGCAAAGCCUAUGCACGACACAGUCAUCUUACAACACAUAAAAGAACACAUACUGGAGAGAAACCCUAUGAAUGUGACCAAUGUGGCAAAGCCUUUGCAUGUCACAGCUAUCUUCAACAACAUAAAAGAACACAUACUGGAGAGAAACCCUAUGAAUGUAGCCAAUGUGGCAAAGCCUUUGCAUGUCAUAGUAGUUUUCGGAAGCAUAAAAGAACACAUACUGGAGAGAAACCCUAUGAAUGUAACCAAUGUGGCAAAGCCUAUGCACGACACAAUUACCUUCAAACACAUAAAAGAACACAUACUGGAGAGAAACUCUAUGAAUGUCACCAAUGUGGCAAAGCCUUUGCACAUCGCAACCAUCUUCAAAUACAUAAAAUAACACAUACUGUAGAGAAACUCUAUGUAUGUAAUCAAUGUGGCAAGGCCUUUGCAUGUCACAGCUAUCUUCAAAAACAUACAAGAAGACAUACUGGAGAGAAACCCCUAUGAAUGUACCCAAUGUGGCAAAGCCUUUGCAUAGUUUGGACAUCUUUAAAGUCAUAAAAGAACACAUACUGGAGAGAAACCCUAUGAAUGUAACCAAUGUGGCAAAGCCUAUGCACAGCACCAUUACCUUCAAAAUCAUAACACAUACUGAAGAGACACCCUGAUGAUGCAGCGAAUGUGGUUAAUGGCUUUGCAUGUUAUGGUGGCCUUAAAAGGAAUUUUAAAAACACAUUCUUGAGAGAACCCUAUAAAUGUAAUCAAUCUAAUAUAGCCAUUUCUUAAAAUUGACCUUCUAAGGCAUGAAAAAUAGUUGUGAGAUUAUAGUAGGUGGGUGUGUCUGAUUCCUUUGCCUGCUUGAGAUGCUUUUCCUUCUAUUUAAUUGCUUUGCUAACUUUGA